AUGCCCCAGUUCAACUGCCCGCCGUGUCACGGGUCUGACCCAACUUGCCUGGCUGCCGCCCAGUCUAUGAGCAGGCUGCUGCUAGUGCAGCUUAGAUACUCCAAUUUCGUUGUCACAACAGCCUACUUUUAUCCAACACCUACGGAAUCAUGCCCAGAUAGCCUAGCGCUUCCCCUCACCCCCUACACCAAGGCGCAAGAUAUGUCGUCUCGGCCCUUUGAGAGGCCACUCCUGCCGGUGCCUUCUGCUGUCGCUUCGCCAGUGGGAAAUACCAUUCGACCUCGCAUCAAGAAGGCUUCGUUGGCUUGCACCGAGUGCCGGAAACGCAAAUCAAAGGCAAUGCUUUCGUGCGUUGGUCUUCCACCCCCCUGCGAGCGCUGCCGUCGCCAGAAAAUAGAGUGUAUCCUCGACGAAGAAAGUGAUCGUCGCCGCCGUGGCGUCCUUGAGCGUCGGCUGGAUGUCUUGGAGCAAGAUCGCACGCUCCUAGUGAGGUUGGUGGACAUUAUUCGCGAUGGAAGUCAGGAAGAGGCUAGUAGAGUUCUGAACUAUAUCCGGAGCGACGCUUCACUAGACGACAUUCGGCGAUUUCUGGCCCAAAGCCCGUCACCCAGCGAGGCCGAGCAUGUUCCACGGCAGAGAUUCAGUCCUCUCUACCAUGUACCGGCCUGGCCAUGGACCUCAGUGACAGACGAUAGCAACUAUAUCUCCCAUCUCAUCUCUAUCUACUUUUCUUGGAACUCCCCCGUGCUAAAGUGGAUUGAACGCGACUUGUUUAUCAGAGACAUGCAGAGCGGGAACAUAGACUCCCCCUUUUGUUCUCCCUUCCUUGUCAAUGCUAUCCUAGCAGUUGCAUGUUGCUACUGCGACGUACCUGAAACAAAUUCCGCAUCCGACGUUGUCCCACCCGGGAGACUGGAUUUUUUUGACGAAGCAAAACGGCUGUUGGGCCAGGAGGAAGGCAAAUUCUCUCUGACAAGCUUCCAGGGUCGCUCUGCUAGUACAUGGAUUAUGGGCAAGCACAUGCUUAGUUGGCAGUACUUGGUCGAAAUCGCCGACUGUGCCCGACAGCUCCAGGCUCGAAGGAAUGCCAUUGCGGUAAGCGCUGACGAGAAAGCCCAGGAGCUACUUUUGGCCCUUGAUACUGCAAUCACCGGUUCUUUUAGUGCGCUCUCUAGUAUUUUCCCUAGUUUGCACAAGGCUUCCAUCAUGCCGAAACCCACUCUCUAUGAUUUGCGGCCUCGACACCAUACCCCAAAGGACGUGUGGUGGCCAUACGGUGUCGAAGAUGGGUCACCAGCGAUGCCUGUUCCAAUACCAGCACACUCAAAUUGCGUUAGCACCGAGUUGCUCAAACUACAACUGGUGUUGUGGGAGAUAUCAAACAACCCUUUCCAGAGUAUAGGACAACUUUGCUGCACCAAGGAGGAGAUGGCGGAGAUUUUUCACCAACGCCUGAAACAAUGGGUUACCGAACUUCCCGAAUGUCUGACGCAUGCGAGCUUACUAGACAGCGCAUCAACCCCGGCGGUUCUUGAUAUGCAUUUAAGCUAUCACAGUGCCGUGAUCAACGUAUUUGAAGACAUAAAGACCGCCAAUGACCCGUAUUCCCCUCUAAAUGAAGUGCAAGCCAUUCGUCUAUCGUCUGCUCGUAUCAUAUGCUCUCUCCUGGAGAUAUUUGGUUCUCGCUGGUCUGUGCAUUACAUGCCCUUCAUCUAUAUACGCUACGCAAAUAUUGCGCUGUCCAUACUGCUUGUGGACCUAGACAACGCGGAAAAUAGAGGGCAUUUCAUAAACUCCUAUACCUCUCUACAUGCGCUGUCAAUUCGACUUCCCAUAGCAAAGGAGGUGUUGCAGCUCAUCGUAGAACAGGCUAGACAAAAGCAAACGGAACUCCCCAAAGAGGUUCUAUGCCUGUCUUAA